CAUGUGCAGACUGAGAGGGGUAUAAAAACAGCAAACACUCCCACCAUCUUAGAACUAUACUCAACCUACUGUAGGUGUAUGUACUAUAGAUUGCAGAGCAUACGAAGAGCAACCUGUACAAGAUGGUGAAGGAGAUGGUCAGCAGAAGCCUUGAGUCUGAGCCAGAACACAUUUGUGGACCCCACUGCCUGGGCCCCUUGACCUUCCAUAAGGAGGCGGUGGGGGCCUUGGUGAGCCUGAGCCAGGGGGCCAGGCGGGCAGACAGGACUGGGGUCACCUUCAGACACGGCCUGGUGUUCAGCAGCCGCCCGGUACGGCCCCAGGAGAGGGUGCGUCUGCGAGUGGAGUUGUGCAAGCUGACCUGGCAUGGAGCCAUGCGUGUGGGCUUCACCAAUGUGCUUCCUAUUGCCAGAGCCCUGCCCUCCCUGGCCAUCCCAGACCUCACAGACCUCCCUGGCCACUGGGCCGCUCCUGUGCCUGAGACUUGCUGCCUGCCAGGCUCAAAGCUGGAGUUCUGGGUCUCCAAUGGCGGUACAGUGUAUUUCAGGAGUGCCAACAGCCGAAAAAACUGCCGAAAACACAAAUUGCUGAAGGGAGUGGACCUCAGCCGUCCCCUGUGGGCCAUGAUUGACGUGUAUGGGCAGACCUGCUCUGUGCUCUUACUGGGGUCGGAGAAGAAAGAGUUUUUGGGGAAUCAAAAGUCCUGUCCUGCUCCUCAACGGCGUUCCUCCUGUUCUGCUCUUCAGAGACACACCUUGCUCAAUAUUGACAACCAUGUGAAUGUGAGACAGAUUUGUGAUGACAGUCAUGACAGCAAUCUUCUUCCCCGUCCAGCCACUAAGCAGACAUCAGAUUGUGAGAGCGUGGAGGACUGUGCAGUGUGUAUGAGCCAGAAGGCCUGUAUCAGCCUGCAGUGUGGCCACCAGUGCCUGUGUCUCCAGUGUGCCACCAGAGUGAUCCAGGAGUUUGGAAACUGUCCUCUGUGUCGCCAGAACAUCAAGAGCUAGCCCUGCAAACUAAAUGACCCAGUAGGACUGACCCCAAUUAGUCGACUGGUCGAUUGUUUGGUCAUUAGGCUGUUGGUCGACAGAGAUUGUUUUAGUCGAGCAGUAACAAAUAUUUAUAUAUUUGCGGCCAUCUCAGUGACUUAAUCCAUUGAGGAGGCCUAGACUAAAAGCUCCAUAUGGAGGGUGUGACACAAUUGCGGAGCCUCCAGAGGCAUGCAGAGGCCAAAUCGAGCUCUGUACCGCAUUGCCAUGCACCUCCCAAAAAUGUUUAACAAUGUGGAGGGCUCUGUAUAAUUCAGCAUUGACAUGAUUGGUUGACGGUAGGUGGGGCGGUACAUCCUGUAUAAACACAAACUCACUUCCUUGACAACAGCUCUGCACUGCUCUGCGAAGGUCAAUAAGUAUGAAUGCCCAGACUUCUAAUGAGGCCAUUCCUGCCCUGAGGCCGUAUCACCAAAAAUGCUGCAUGGCCAACGCAGACGUCUGAUUGACCAUGUGCCCAGAUGCACAAUGGACUUCUCUCUCCUGCCAAUUUGUGCCAGUGGCCAUUUUAGCAUGUAAAUCUUGGUGGGGCAAAAUCCCCCAAAACAUAUUGGGAUGCAUGCCAGCAAAGCCACUACACAACACUAAACAAUACAUUAAUUGCACUACAACGUUGACAAACGGUGCCCACAAACUGAUAGGGCCUACAUAAAGCUGUCCCAACAGCAGUCCCAACACCUGACCACAACACCACUGGCCAUCAGCGGAGCCUUGUCUGGCAGCGAAACACUUCAUUCAGACUCAUUUACUGCCUUUUAAAAAAACAUAGCUGAUAUGGCUGACUUUCUUAAACAAAUGUGGUUUCUACUGACAAUUGAGAUGUACAAACUAUGGUAUAAGGGGACGGCGAGCGGAUAAGAGGCAAUCCAUAAUUCCGAUAAAGACAUGAAUGAGCGAGCUAGAACAGACGUAGUCAAUUUAACUAUUUGUUCUGCAAUUUCAAAAUGUAUAGCAACAGAAUUGAAAACAUGGGCCGUUCUUACAGUAUUCUCCCUGUACACCUGUCAGUUGGUGUCAUGUUUGUCGUAUGAUGAAGCUGGAGGCUCUGGACUGGGGGCCGUCUCUGGAGGCUCCGGACUGUGGGCCGUCUCAGGAUGUUCCGGACUGUGGGCCGUCUCAGGAGGUUCAGGACUGUGGGCCGUCGCUGGAGGUUCUGGACUGUGGGCCGUCGUUGGAGGUUCCGGACUGUGGGCCGUCGCUGGAGGUUCCGGACUGUGGGCCGUCGCUGGAGGUUCCGGACUGUGGGCCAUCUCAGGAGGUUCCGGAACCGUCGCCAAUUUUUUUGGGGGGCUGCCUCCCACACUUGCCUCUUGGCUUAUACAGCGCCUCAUAGUAGCGCCGCUCUGCCUUCGCUGCCUCCAGUUCCUCCUUCGGGCGACGAUACUCCCCAGCCUGCCACGAGGGUCCCUUCCCGUCUAAAAUCUCCUCCCACGUCCAAGACUCCAAAUCCCCUCCCAUUGGCUACUAACAGCUUACCACACAACAUACCAAUCAUUAUUACUUUCUUAACUACAGUAUACAGAUCUCCCUGGCAUAUUACAUCAUUUAUGCAGCAGCAUACAAGACAUUUUUGGACACCUUGUUGUACUGUGCUCAAUUGAACAGGAAGGUGGCACGGUGGUCCAUUGUGGGCAAAUAUUGUCAUUCAACUUUUUUAGAUAUAUAUUUUAGCUAAACAGGUGGGGCUCAAAACAGCUGGGGCUCUGUGUGAAUUGUUUGCUUUUGAUUGUUAGUUAGUUUAUAUCAAUUCCCCAUUACAUAUAUCACCAGUAGUAAAUGUACAGUUAAUUCCUAUCAUUUCGACUCUACAAUGUUUGUUACAUUGGUUACGGUCAUUCAUUUUAAUGCAUUUAAUAUUAUUAUUCAGGUCUUCCCGUUAUCAUUGUCGGAAUGGACACAUUGUUUGCAGAGUGCACAACGAAUGCUACACUUGUGAGAAAAACUUCAUUUUUAUCCCAUUUACAAGUUCUGUCAAUU